AUGAAUUCAAGUAAUUUUACAAAUAUUUAUAAUGAAAAUGAUAUUUUAAUUAAUCUGAUGGAAAUAACAAAUCCAUGUCCAAAUCAACGUGCUAUUUCUCGACCAUUAUUAUUUGUUCAUAAUUAUUCAUUGUUUGUUUUUGGUUCAAUAUUAAAUAUUCUUGCAUUUAUUGUUCUUAUGCAACGUUCAUUACGUUGUCAUUCAACAUUUGCUUAUUUAGCAUUUUUAUCUUUAUCAAAUGGUUUAUUAUCAUUAGUACGUUUUAUACAAUGGAUGUUAACAUAUUAUAUACAUAUAUAUUUUGAAAAUAAUUUAUAUACAUGUCGUUUUUAUCAUUUUACAUUAGAUUUUUUAACACAUUUUAGUUUAUAUACAUUAAUAUGUGUUAAUAUUGAUCGUGCACGAACAGUAACACAAAAUCGACCACAAAGAAAAUUUUCAAAAUCAGCAUUUCAUAUGGUUUUAAUUAAAGAAUUUAUUCUUGCUAUUAUUUUAUGUGUUUAUCAUUCUCAUUGGCUUAUCAAAUUUGGUCAUAAAGUUUCUAAUGGUCAAGUACAACAAACAAUUUGUCAUUAUGAUCAAAAUCGAACAACAUCAACAUAUUUUUAUUUUCUUUCAACAAUCUAUCCACUAUUCGAAUUAAUUAUAUUUUUUUCUCUUCCUCUUUUAAUUAAUCUUAUAUGUACAAUUCUUAUUGUACGAAGUUUACAUUUUAAAAUGCGUACAGCUAAACGUUUUACUCCAACAAAUUCUACAACGAAUAAUUCACAACAAAAAAAUCUAUAUAAACGAAUUCAAGAAAUAUUUUCUUGUUUAAUUCCACAAACAACAACUAAAUCAAAUAUAUAUUCAUGUUUUUGUUUUCAAAUUCAAUGUCGACGUCAUACAGAAUUACGUUUAGAAAUUGGUCGAACUAAACAAAGUUUAAUAAAAUAUGAAGAAGAAAAUGAUUCAAAUGAACGACGACAAUCAACAACAUUAACAAGUUGUUUAUCACAAGAUGGUACACAAAUAAUAGCAACAACAACAACAACAACAACAACCACUUCAACAAUAUUAAAUAAAAAUCAUCGUAGUAGACGUAUACGUGAUAUACAUUUAUCGGCAAUGCUUAUUGCAUUAAAUAUUUUAUAUUUAAUAUUUAAUUUACCAUUUAAUUUUCAUCAAACAUUUGGAAGAAAAUUUUAUAAAAAUAAUACAGAUGACUGUAUUAUGAAAUUUACACAUCUUUUACUUGAUAUAUUACAACAAACAUAUUUUUCAACAAAUUUUUUUCUAUAUGUUUUAACAAAUCGACGUUUUAGAGAAGAAUUUUAUACUACAAUCAGAAGAUUAUUUUCAAAUCAACAACAAUAUUCAUUACAAAAAAGUAUUGAACGAAGAAAAAAACUAAGUUUAAGUAACAAUGCAUCAACAGCAUUUGUUACUAGUUACAAUAAUGAUUCUCAAAUUAGUCCAGUACCAAUUCGACAGAAUCAAGAUAAUAUUCUUUGUGAUAUAGAAGUAUCACCAAUACAACAACAAACAAUUCUUGCACACUAUGAAAACAAUACAAUCAUGUCGAAGACAGUUAUAUACAAAGACUAA